CAUGUGACGUAGCAUGAUUAUUUGGUCCUUUACUAGGUUAUAUCAGAAUUUGUGAGAAAUUGAUAGUCUUGCUGAAGUUGUGCAUACCCUAAUGAAAAAAUGAAUGGACAUAUUGUUUUAUCAUUUUUGUUGCUUUUAUUCCCAUCCACUGUUUUUGCUCUGAUAAUAAACUUCAGUGGUGGAAUAAUAACAAAAUUAAUAUCCGAAGAUGCGACUGAUGAAACCCAACUAACAUUGAUGACCUUGUCAGGGGUUACGGCGGGUCAAACCCCAUCAUGUGACCUGAAUCCUUCUCAAACGGAAUUCUGGGUGAAAUUGGACCCAAACACUGCACAAUAUGGAGUGUAUCUGAAAGCAAUGCCAAGCCUAGAUUUCAACACAAAGUCGACUUAUAGUCUGGUUGUGGAGUGUACGGAUGGAGUUAGCACAACUCAAGAAACUUUUACAGUGAACAUUGACAAGAACAAAUCUCCUACCAUAUCUAACCUCCAUAACUACACCACCUUAGAUACUUCUACGACAUCAACUGGUACAUUGGUCUUUACAGCGUUAGCAACAGACCCAGAAAAUGACCAACUGACAUUAACAAUGGACUGUUAUGUCCUUAGUAGUCUUGCAACAUGUCCAUAUGAAAUUUUCGAUUCUGGAGAGAUAGUGACUACGAGUGGUUUCCUUGGUUACAGCGUAGGAAACUAUGAUUUAAGAAUUACAGUAGCAGACAGCCAUAACAAUCAAAUUGGACCGCUCUCAUUGACCGUUACCGUCACAGGUUUAAAUACAGCACCUGUUAUAGACAACAACAUCCUGUCAUAUGUUCCAGUUGUUUUGGAGAACAGUGCGUUAGGGUCAUCUGUGUACCAAGUGACAAUAACAGAUCCGGAUGUUGGUGACGUACACACAUAUUCAGCAACGUUUACACCAUCAACUGCUUCCAAUUACUUUUCUAUCGAUUCUUCAACUGGUUUGGUGAGUACAUCUACUACAACAAACAUUGAUUAUGACACGAUGUCGUUUAGUUCCUGUACAGCAGAAGUCACAGUUUCGGACGGUUCAGCUUCAGAUACGAAAACACUAACAAUAAAUAUCGCUAAUGUGUUUGAGGCGCCAUCAUUUGCCAAGACUAUUUACACCUUGAGUGGACCAGAAGCAGCGGCAGGAACAAGCUUUGGCACACCAAAGUACGAUGUGACGGAUCCAGAUGGCGAUUCUGUGACGUAUGGAGUUGAUUGUCCAACUUUUAACAUAAAUCCAACCACAGGGGAGGUUACUCUUUCUAUAAACUAUGAUCGCGACGACACAUCUGUUGCAUCAUCUGUGACGUGUGGCGUUACUGUUACUGAUGGUACAAUGACGUCAACUGCUGUACUUGAAGUACUGAUUUAUACAAUAAAUGACAACAGUCCAAAAUUUACGCAGAACAGUUUCGAAUUUCACAUUUCACCUUAUGACACCAUAGGAACCAUUUUGGGGACUGUAACUGCUACUGACGCCGACAUUGGUUCCCAUGGUGUUGUUUCGUAUGAAGUUAGAAGUGGAACUUUCUCUAAUUACCUUGGUAUCGACACAUCCGGGAACCUGUAUCUUAAGCAAGCGGUAAAUGACACUAUUGCUGGAACUACUGUAUCUGUUAACUUACGGGCUUACGAUGAAGAUGGCAAAAGGGAUUUUGUAAAUGUAGAUUUUGUAAUACAGGCGACAACUACUACAUCGAUUACGACGACAACCGACAGAAAUUUGACAUUCUUUGAGUCAUCAGCAAAUGUGGCCUGGUUCUCAGCUCUGAUGAUAAUCUUACUAGGGCUGGGUAUAUUCCUUGCUAUCGAAGCUUAUCGGUCGCACAUAUUUUUCAAAAUAUGUUCAUCCUGCAACGAGUGUAAACUUCCAAAGCGCAGAAAGUUCAGUCUUGACAAUGACCUAGAUGAAAGUGACGAAUAUGAAGAUGGUACCCCCUCACCGACCCCUAUAACUCCUGUGAGCAGCACGUCAGCCGACCUUGGGUGGUCUGCAUGGAACAAUACUGAUAAGACACAGAACUUUUCUUUGUAACAGUUAGAUUGUUUUUACAUAGCAAAGAUUAACUUGUAUAGAUUGUCUGCACCAUAUUGACGACUCUUUUUUCCUUUGUAUUCAAAAGUACUGUGUGUAGUCAUUGAACAUUUUUAUUAUGAUUUAAAUAAUCAUUCAAAGGAAGAAAACAGAUUUUCCGAAAUUAUUCAAGUCGAAUUAUCGCAACAAAUACAGUAAAUCUUAUGUCGAAAUUGAAAGACUGAGAUUUUAUUCGUGGUAUUGAGGAAUUAUGCAUCCUUUUGUCUGACAUUUCCAUUGAAUCGUCAAGCAUUUUUCUCUUUUGUCCAUACCUUGUCAUUUUCUUGACAUAAUUAAUAAACUCCAAAAUGUGAAUACAUCUAUAGGGCAAAAAAAAAAAAAAAAAAUAAUAAAAAAGUACUUACUUGUGUUAUACGUUCAUGGAUUAAAUAAGAUUUCUAUAAAGUCAAGAAAAUAUUUUGAAAUAUAGUUUUAUACAAUCCCCAGUUAAUAAUUAAAUCAUUUUGAAAUUUUAAAUAACUAUUAUGUCGUUGUUAUGAAUCAUUAUGUUUCAAUUGCAAAGGACACACUCUGUACGACCUUGUACAAGCUUAAGGCAUUGACUGUGGCACGUUUUAUAGAAUAUAUGAUUGACAAUUCUGAAUCCGAUUACCAUCUUAUAAUUCCUUUGAAUGGUUUGAGAAUUCAUAAAUGCACUUUAGCUGUUUUGUUGCUAACGUAUUAGAUAAUAGAUAAUCUGUUAAUGUUGGUCUACAAUGGACAUAUUAUAUGAAUUUGACAGUUGAAGGCUUUCAGUUGGGAAUGUCGUGUUUGGUUGUCAUCAUGUGUGAAAUGGCCGUCAUGAAACAGAUUUUCACUGAUAUUAAUCUCUAUAUUGUACUUCUUUUGUAGUGUCGUGUACUCGCUCCGCUCCCCUUUAUUCAAGGACUUAUUGCCAAUUUUUCUCAUGAAUGAUCACGUGUAUAGAAUAAGGAUAAGUAACUGCUCACUCGACCGCACUACAAAUAUACACCCUCGGUUUUAACCUUUAAAGAGUUUUAUUGUGUUUUCAAUAUUUAGUUUUAUUUGUUGUUAUUAAUAAUUAAUGUUUGCCGUUUUAUGCUACAAUCGUGACAUUUCACACAAAAUACACUUUCAGAAAG